CAGUUUGCUGUGUAAUUGCAGGGGAAAUGUUUGUUGUAUCAGUGUAGCUCAUCAUCAUCAUGCCUGACUACCUGGGUACUGAUCAGAGAAAAACCAAGGAGGAAGAUAAGGAGGACAAACCCAUCCGAGCUCUGGAUGAAGGAGACAUUGCCUUGUUAAAAACAUAUGGUCAAAGCACAUAUUCUCGCCAGAUUAAGCAAGUAGAAGAUGUUAUACAGAAUAUGCUUAAGAAAAUUAAUGAGCUCACAGGGAUUAAAGAGUCUGAUACAGGACUUGCUCCUCCAGCGCUUUGGGAUUUGGCUGCUGAUAAGCAGACCCUGCAGAGUGAGCAACCACUGCAAGUGGCCAGAUGUACGAAAAUAAUCAAUGCUGACUCGGAGGAUCCAAAAUACAUUAAAAAUGUAAAGCAGUUUGCUAAAUUUGUGGUCGACUUCAGUGAUCAGGUCGCGCCUACUGACAUUGAAGAAGGCAUGAGGGUUGGGGUGGACAGAAACAAGUACCAGAUCCAUAUUCCUUUACCUCCAAAAAUUGACCCAACAGUAACUAUGAUGCAGGUAGAAGAGAAACCUGAUGUGACUUACAGUGAUGUUGGUGGUUGCAAGGAACAGAUAGAAAAGCUGAGAGAGGUGGUUGAGACCCCUCUGCUUCACCCUGAGCGAUUUGUCAACCUUGGUAUUGAGCCACCAAAAGGAGUACUGCUGUUUGGCCCACCCGGAACAGGAAAAACUCUGUGUGCACGUGCAGUUGCGAACAGGACUGAUGCCUGCUUCAUCAGAGUGAUUGGAUCAGAGCUGGUCCAGAAAUAUGUUGGGGAGGGAGCCCGGAUGGUGCGUGAACUGUUAAAGAUGGCAAGAACCAAGAAAGCCUGUCUUAUUUUCUUUGAUGAAAUUGAUGCCAUUGGUGGAGCUCGGUUUGAUGAUGGAGCUGGAGGGGACAAUGAAGUCCAACGUACUAUGUUGGAACUAAUCAACCAGCUAGAUGGCUUUGAUCCAAGAGGAAACAUUAAAGUUUCAAUGGCCACCAACAGACCUGACACUUUGGAUCCAGCUCUGAUGCGACCUGGACGACUGGACAGAAAAAUUGAAUUUAGUUUACCUGAUCUUGAGGGACGCACACACAUAUUUAAGAUUCAUGCACGUUCUAUGAGUGUUGAAAGAGACAUAUGAUUUGAACUGCUAGCCCGACU